CCCUUUCAGGGCCUGGGGUGCUUCCCGCGGCAUCCGCGCCCCCUGCGCAUCCUCGCCUCUUCUCUCUCUCUCCCGCCUGCCUGCCUUUCCAGGGUCUCCUGUGCCUCCUUCCCCGCCUCCUCCGUUUCUCCCUGCCCCCUCCGCUCCCUCCCGGCGCCGCGUCUCUCCCGACAUGGCGAGCAGGGACGUGCUGGAGGACACGGUGGAGGAGCGUGUCAUCAGCGAGGAGUACAAGAUCUGGAAGAAAAACACCCCGUUCUUGUACGACCUGGUGAUGACACACGCCCUGGAGUGGCCCAGCCUCACGGUGCAGUGGCUGCCUGGUGUCAGCAGGCCAGAAGGAAAGGAUUAUGCUCUGCACUGACUGGUUUUGGGAACACACACAUCUGAUGAACAGAACCACCUGGUUGUCGCCAGAGUCCAGAUUCCCAACAAUUAUCAGUUUGAUGAUUUGAAGUCUGACAGUGAGAAAGGAGAAUUUGGUGGCUUUGGAUCUGUGACUGGCAAAAUUGAGAUGGAGAUUAAAAUUAACCAUGAGGGUGAAGUGAACCGUGCCCGUUACAUGCCUCAGAAUCCCCGCAUCGUUGCGACAAAAACACCCUCUGCUGAUGUGCUGGUGUUUGACUACACUAAACGUCCUUCAAAACCAGACCCAAGUGGAGAGUGUAAUCCUGAGCUUAGAUUAAAAGGACACCAGAAGGAAGGCUAUGGUUUAUCAUGGAACUCAAAUUUGAGUGGCCAUCUUCUCAGUGCAUCAGAUGAUCAUACUGUAUGUUUAUGGGAUGUAAAUGCUGGACCCACAGAGGGCAAGAUUGUUGAUGCAAAAGCCAUCUUUACUGGGCACUCUGCAGUAGUGAAAGACGUGGCAUGGCACCUGCUCCACGAGUCUCUGUUUGGAUCUGUGGCAGAUGAUCAGAAACUUAUGAUCUGGGACACAAGAUCUAAUGCCACAUGCAAGGCAAGCCACUCCGUAGACGCUCACACAGCCGAGGUCAACUGUCUGUCCUUCAGUCCUUACAGCGAGUUCAUUCUGACAACUGGCUCUGCUGACAAGAUGGUGGCUCUGUGGGAUCUUCGAAACUUAAGGCUGAAACUCCAUUCUUUUGAGUCUCAUAAGGAUGAGAUUUUUCAGGUUUACUGGUCUCCUCAUAAUGAAACCAUUCUUGCUUCAAGUGGUACCAAUCAUCGCCUUAAUGUAUGGGAUCUAAGUAAAAUUGGAGAAGAGCAGUCUGCAGAGGAUGCAGAAGAUGGGCCUCCUGAGCUGCUGUUUAUUCAUGGAGGACACACUGCCAAAAUUUCAGACUUCAGUUGGAAUCCUAAUGAGCCUUGGGUAAUCUGUUCUGUAUCAGAGGACAACAUAAUGCAGAUAUGGCAGAUGGCAGAAAACAUUUACAGUGAUGAAGAACCAGAUAUAACAGCAGCUGAACUGGAAGCUCAAGGAAUGUAACUUUUCUUAAUUUGACUACUGUAUAUAUAAAAUAAAGCCCUAGAAAAAACUCGCAAAACCAAAUACCAAACCAAAAAGCCCACAAUCACUGGGCAGAGGCAUUGCAUCAAAACAAGAAUAUUCCUAACUGGAUUAAGCAAAAAGCUUGUAUAAUGAAGUUGUCAUGGGAUACCCUUGGUUCUGUGAGCAUUUUAGCUGUUGUGUACUGUACAGCAAUUAGCUUUAGAGAAAAUAAGAAUGACUUAAUACCUAUGUCUAUAUAUUUUUAAAUAAACUUUGUGAGGAUUUGACCAAAUAAAAUGGUCAAAUCCUCACUCUUCACACAUAGAAACUGUAUAAAAACACCCUUUUUGUAUUAAUAUGUAAAAAGAGCU